AUGACGACGGUGAAAAUGUCGACCAUGGUCUGGCUAUCGUUGUUUUUGUGGUUGUCGAUUGACCUGCGGAUGAUGCCGGCCGGGGAGGCUUCCCGAAUACUGGCCAUCGAAACGAUAGCGGGCAAGAGCCACUGGAACUUCAUGAGCUCGUUGCUAAGGUCGCUGACGGACGCCGGACACACGGUCACCGUUUUCACGCCAUUUCCAGAUGGCGACCGGGUCAACUACACGGAGGUGGAUACGUCUCGCGAAUUCCCAAUGAAGCUUGAUAUGGACGUGAUGCAGACGAUCCAAGACUAUAGAGAUCCGUUCAAGUUAACGAAUAUCAUGUCCGUGCUGACUAGAUUCUACUGCGACGCGCUCUAUGGCAACCGGAAGCUGACUGACCUGAUAGCUUCCGGUGCUCGUGAUCGGUACGACUUGCUCUUGAUGGAGCCGUUGGGCUUCGACUGCGUAUCGUACCUGGCCGACUCUCUCGGUCUGCCUGUGAUCUACGCGAUCCCGUCGCCGAUGAUUACCUUCGCCGAGCGGCUGUUCACCGGCCAUGUGUCCAACCCGGCUUGUGUGUCCAACAUGUUUGCCAGCCACGCCGUGCCCGACACAUUCGUCCAGAGGUUCACCAACACGGCGCUGCUGACGUACAGCAUGGCCAAGACUAAGUACGACCAGCUGGUCACCUUGUUCACGGACCCGAGACCGUAUGAACUGGCACCAACCGUCAAUCCAUCCAUAAUCUUCCAGAACGGUCAUUACGUCACCGAGUCUCCGAGACCGAUCACGCCGAACGUUAUCUACGUGGGUGGCAUACACCUAAAACCAACCAAAAAAAUACCAAAAGACAUAUUAGAUUUUAUCGAAGAUUCACCCCAAGGAGUGAUUUUCUUCACAUUCGGCUCCACGAUUAAAGUGUCAUCGUUGCCGGGACAUAUUGAAAAGUCGUUUAAAGAAGCGUUUGCCGACAUUCCUCAGAGAGUUUUGUGGAAAUACGAAGGUGAAAUGAAGGACAAACCGAAAAACGUGAUGACGAGAAAAUGGUUCCCUCAACGAGAUAUACUAUUACAUCCCAAAGUGAAACUGUUCAUCAGUCACGGAGGUAUGUCCGGAGUGUACGAAGCUGUGGAUGGCGGUGUUCCCGUACUGGGAUUUCCAGUAUUUUACGAUCAGCCGAGAAACAUUGAAAAUUUGGUCCUCAAUGGAAUGGCGAUAUCCAUGGACCUGUUGUCGACGACCAAAGAAAAACUGUCCAAUGCCAUUUCGGAACUCAUAAACGAUGAAAAAUACGUGAAAAAUGCUAAAAUUGCUUCCAACCGUUUUAAAGACCGGCCGAUGACACCUCAACAGUCGGUCGUAUAUUGGACGGAGUAUGUAAUCCGUCACAAGGGCGCACCACAUUUGAAAUCUCACGCUCUGAACCUCACUUGGUAUCAAUACCUCUUGUUAGAUAUAAUUGCCGUAGUAUUGAUUUUUGUGUCCCUAGUCACAUUUGUUGUCUUUAAGGUUUUCAAAUGUAUAAAAACUUUUAAAAAAGAUAAAGUUAAAACUCAGUGA